AUGCAGAGUGCAGGUGAUUCUCUCCAAGAGACUGAGACAGUCGAUCGGCGGGAUCCAGGCCUGGCUGACCGCCAGCGAGGGGGCCGUCAACGAGGCGUUGGCACAGAAACCGGACGGUCUGCGAUAGUUGACACGGCACUGGUUGUACUCGGGCGCUCCGGUGUUCAACCAUCUGCCCCGGCCACCGUUUCUGCUGCCGAGGCCUGUGGCUGA